AUGGUGAGAGCUCCUUAUUUUGAUAAAAAUGGAAUAAAGAGAGGUGCAUGGAGUGAUGAAGAGGAUAAGAGGCUUAUAUCUUACAUUGAGAGACAAGGCCAUCCUAAUUGGCGUCAACUCCCAAAGUUUGCAGGUUUGGCAAGAUGUGGAAAGAGUUGCAGACUUCGUUGGAUGAAUUACCUGAGGCCAAAUCUAAAACGAGGAAACUAUACACAGAAGGAAGAGCAAACAAUCACGGAUUUGCAUAAAAAACAUGGAAACAAAUGGUCUCUGAUUGCUGAAAAUCUACCUGGAAGAACAGACAAUGAAAUAAAGAACUAUUGGCACAGCCACCUAAAGAAGUUCUCACAAACCAAUGAGAUCACAACAUGUGAUGAUGAGUUUGAGUCCAACCCAACUCAGAGUACAGAAUUUGAAAGGCCAACAAACGAUGCUGUUAGUGCUGAUUCUCCACACAUUUUGGAAAGUUCAUUGUCCAUGUCCUCGGAAACUUCAUACAACGAAGACAAUUCACCUUCCUUUUCCUCUAGUCAUAUAGAAUCAACCGUGAACUUGUCGAGGGAAGAAGAUAGUGUUGCUUUAUGGGAAACGUUCGGUGGACUCAGUAGCAAUUUUUGGACAGAACCAUUUAUUUCAGAAAACGCAUUCAGUCAGGAUUACUUUCCCAUUUCAUGCUGUGGAGAAGAGAUGGAUGAACCAUUUUUCAUAUGGUAG